AUGAUUACAAUAGCCAACGACUAUUUAGAAUUUAUUAAAAAUUUUGAAGGGGGAAAUAAGGAAUUGUUAAAGGAUUUUUUAAUUAAAAUAAUUUCAAAAUUUUAUAAUUAUUUUAUUGGAAUUUUUAGAAUAAAUGGAUCUGCCAAUUUAAUUUAUAAAAAUUUUGUUGGAAGUGAAGAAGGAUGGAAUGAAUUAUUUGGAAAUGUUUUUAAUGAAUAUGUUAAUAAAGCAAAAAUGUUAGAAAAUAAAUUGGAUAGUUUGGAAGAUGAAAAAAUAAAAUUUUGUGAAUUACACAAUUUUAUUAAUUUAUUUGUUAAGGAUAAAGAGCUUUUGAAGAAUAAUGUGUGGAGAGAAAAAUUAGAGACGAUGAAGGAAUUCGUACAAGAAGAUGAAAAUUCAUCCAAUCAAAAUAUUAACUGUCAAAUUGAGCAAGAAAUUGAAAUAACGAUUGAAGAAUAUCUUUUGCCUUCUCGCAUUAAACAAUUUUAUUUUAUAAAUUUGAGUAACAUAAAAAUGUUGUUAAACGCAAAAAUUAAUGAGUUAUACAAUUUUAUUGAAAAUCAAGAUUUAAACAAGGGAGCAUUUUUGGCUUUGCUUGGAUCUGAAUUGCUUGCCCAGUUAGAAGAAUUAUAUCCGAAGUUGAUGAUAAUAGGUAGGGUUCCUUUAAAAAUAGCAAACAUCCCAUUUUUAAUUUUGAAAUAUAUAAAUGAUAGAGUAAAGUCAAAUAGUGGUUUUUGGGAUUUUUUAGUUUUUAUUUGUUACAGAUGUAUGUAGUAUUUCUGCGAUUAAAACUCUUGUCUAGUAACAUGUCUAGUAUAUAAAAAAUUAAAUUUCUUUAAAAAUAGUUUUACGAUGAUUAAAAAUACGAUAAUUAAAAAUUCAAAAAUAAACCUCGCUGUCUGGAGUGUUACUAUA